AUGCACCAGCUGUCCUCAGAGCGGGUGGAUUUCACAGGACAGCAGCUGAGCUGGUGGCAAACCCAAGGGUACUGCGACCAGAGCUUUGGCCACCUGGCAUUGGGGCUCCUAAACAGGACUCUCACUCCACUUUUGCCCAACUUGGCCCUGCCAGCGCUGGAGGCCCUCAUAGCCUGCGAGUGCACGUUCAGUGAGAUGCAGAGAGAGGCGACCACGCUCUUCUCCCUGGCUCCCCCCUCCCCCACUGUAGCCAAUGUUCUGCAGCUGCGUGCCUUUGCCGAACCCGGAGGCUCCGUGCAUGCGGCGCUACUUGUGCAGUCAUCCCGCUGGCACCAUGUGUGAGCCACGUGGAAGCAGUUCAGCAGGCGCUGGGCGCUGUUCACUGACGGUAGGCGACACACCGGGGCUCAGGGACUCAGCACCGGUCAUCUGGUGCCUUAAAGUAUACUUGUGCUGGGUCAGGAUCAAAAUCUCCCAAGUGAUGGGUUCUUGGUCUAUGACACAUUCAGUGGCAACCUCACUGACUUCCACCCAUGGGACCGGGCCCUGAGCCCCGCGCAGGUGAGACAAGCUUGUGCCUGCGCGCAAUCCCCAGGGGGCCUCCUCUUUCAAGAGGACCCAGAAGCUCUAAACUUCAUGUCCCUGCUGUUGCUGGCCAUGCGCGUGCGCCUGCUCUGUCCUGUGCCCACAGAGGAGUGCCCCAUGUGGAACACAGGAUCCAGCACCAAGGGCCUCUCUGAACGCUGCUUGAACCCACAGCCCUUUCUCUGCUGCUACCAAAUAGAGACUUAGCAGCAGCUUCAGGACUUCCAGUCAUGGCCAGAUCAGGAUGUCAUCAGCAGAGUCAAUGCUUUGGCCAGUGCCACUGUGCUUCUCCCAACCCCCUUCUCUGAAGCUCCUGGGAUCCUGUCCUUGGACAAGGCUUCUAGCUUCCUAGGACUCUUGGAGAGAGUCCUGGCAGAAGAGAGUCCCCUGGGGCCUGCGGCCCUGCUGGCCAUCCUGUACUUUCUGAUUAGGUCAGGGCCUGUGGUGGUGGAGCCUGGAGUGGGGGCAGGAGCAGAGCUACAGCUUCCUUCCAAGUGGCUGGUGGGUCUGUGCCCUGGGGACAGUGUGAGCACUGGCAUCCCUGCUGGGCUCAUGCUGACCUCUGAACAGACUCACAUUCACCUUCAGACUUGCCUGACUGUGUAUCUGAAUAUCCUGCCCAGGGCUAGACCCAAAUUCACACUCAUCAAGUGUUUGAUCCCGGGCCUGGAAGUCCAAAGCCUGCACCUGAUGGAGGCCAGCACUGCAGGGCACACAUUCACCGCUCCUGGCAGGCAUCCAGAAGUACCAGGGCACAUCCACAUCCCUGCAGGUGAAGUGAGGCUGCUCCUAGGGAAUGACAUGGAAGCAGAACCUGAGAAUACAGUUGUCAGCGGCUGCUUGGUACUCACUGUGCACCUGAAUUCUACCACCUGCUUCUGCAACCACAGCACUAGCUUUGCCAUCCUGCUGCAGGUGUUUGAAGUCCAGGGAGGUCCUGAAGAGGCGUCGAUGCUGAGGACUCUGUUUGUGGACUGUGACGUGUCCCUGUGUGUUCUUGCCACCACCUUCCUACUCUUCCUACUGGCUGGGGUCCCCACUUCUAAGUGGACCACAAUCCACAAGAACCUCACUCUUUCCCUGACAUCUGCUGAGGGCUUCCUCAUGACCAGUGAGUGGGAAAAGGCCAACAAGGUGGCCUGUGUGACUGUCACAGCUGCCAUGAAUCUUCUCUUUCUGGCUGCCUUCCCCUGGCUCCGAUGGAGCAAGGUGGUAGCUGUGAGCAUGCACCCAGGCCCCAGGAUGAGGAUGCUGCAUUCCUGUGGCCUUUGUGGCCAUUACCUAACAGUGCAACCCCAUGACUGCAUGACUUCUGGACACUACUGGCUCCGUGCUCACACCGAUGACAUCUGGGCCUUUGUGGGGCCCAUGUUGUUUGUGCUGAUGGACAGCACCUGCAUCCUUGUCUGUGUGGUGAUGGUCACCGCGUCCAGUGCCCACCGUCGUGCAUGCGUGCUGAGCCCACAGCCUGGUCUGCAGCAGAAGAUCAGGUUCUGGAUAUGGGCUCUGGUAAAGCCAGUGCUGGCUCUGCCACCUGUCCUGGGCCUGACCUGACUGGUUGGCCUUCUGGUGCACCUGAACCCAGCCUGGGCCUAUGCUGCUAUGGACCUCAAUUCCUUUCAGGUACGGAAGGUAUUAUGGAGGAUGACAGAGAAGGCGGCAGCAGCUGAGGUACUCAGGGGAGAGCAGGCGCCCCUGGCCGGGGAAAGGGGAGAGACCCUGGGGCAGAAGGGCAGGGCCAAGCCUGGCACCUCUUCUUUCAGACACUCCCUGGCCCUUCUGACCCUGGCUUCAGGUCCCCAGACCAUGGCCCAGGAGAACCCCACAGCCUGGGAUCCUCUGAGAUCUGCUGCUCUUAGAGCCCCCACCAACUGGCACAGCCGUCUAAGAGAACAAGAGCCACUGCAGCGCCUCUGUGCUCAGAUGACAGCGCCUUUGUCUCUGCUGAAUGGCUCCUCCCAACCAGGCACUCAGGCAGCCUGGAAAGGGACUCUAGGCCACUGCUGGUCGCCUGCUGUUGUCAUAGUAGAGAAGGAGGAGGGCAAGCUACAGCUCUCUCUGGAGUGA